AUGACCAUGCACACGAACGUAUUGUGCGAGGCGCUUCUUCAUGCGCAGUAUGGGAGGAGAGAUACGCCAUGUCUCGCAGACUUUCCUGCGUCGGUGUCUAGAAAAGAGGUGGAGGAAGUUUAUUUGCCGUUUCUCGCCAGUGAAGAGGCCCAAGUACGGCAAAAUCUCACACUUGGAGAUGUGGAAAUUAUUGGGUAUGAUACUGCCUCUCUUCUCACGGUGGCUGGUGAUGCCAUUGCGGCAGGGCUGGUUUUGGCUGAACUGCUCUCAGAAGAGACUACCUCCGCUCUUUUACAAAUGAAUGGUGGUUGA